AUGGCACCCACCCACGCAGAGACACCACGCAAGCAAGACGACAAGAGCAAGCUGGAAGAUGAAGUUCGAUUGCGCCAGUUCACCGAAGAAGUUCUGGAUUCACGACAGGAAGAGCUUGAAGUACAGGAAAAGGAGAAUACAGCACUAUCAAAGCAGUUGGAAACGCUACAGCAGGAGUUGAAAGAGGCGCAGGCCCAGCUCGCGCAAGCUCGAAGCCAAUCUAGUAAAAAAGACAAGGCUGCCGAAGAACCGAAGCGCCAGACCAGUCGCCCGUCUUCGCUGAGGAAAGACAUCACGGAGGCUGAAGCUCGGGAAGCCUAUGGAAGUCUAUGCGAAAACAUUCAGCGCUGGGUUGAGCAUCGCAUUCGGCCUGUGAUAGACGAUCUAGCCAGUGGUCACUUCCGCUGCCAGCCAAGCCCAGCUCAAUCAACAAGAUUUGUAUCGUUAAUGAGAGAGCCCGCGACAAGCUGCCUUACUGUCUGGCAUUCCGAUGAAUAUCAUUUCAGAGCACUCAUAAUGCAAUACCUGUGGCUGGUCUUCUUUGCCAAAUCUUUCUACUGCCCUUUGGAUGAUGGUGACGGCGAAACUACUGCUGCGUGGAUUGAUGAAUUAGAGAAUGCAAUAUCUAAGCUUCCUCGAGAUAUCUCGCAUUGCAGAGAGUGGAGGGCUGAGACGCUCACGGCAUUGACUAGCCAGACCUCUUUCAAGUCCAGAAGAGCACAAUAUCUCAACCUUAUUACCGAAGACCUUGCCUCUCUCAUAUCAGUUGUUGUGCCAUACCUAACCGCAGCAGAACUGCAAAGCUCUCUUCGGACAAACAUAGUUGAUCCGGCAGUGGAUCUUGCCCACCGACUUCAGCUUUCACCAAACAUCUUCACUUUCAGGUGGCCUGCGCGAACCGCAAGAACAAAGUUGGACACUUAUGAGUGUAUCAAUCUUGCCAACGACGGUGCGAUUCUCAGCUCAAGUGAUGCCGGCAAACCGUCCGAAGCUCUAAAGAACGCUUCUUAUCUGUUCGAUGUUGCCCCUGGUCUAUUUGUUGAGACGGUUGGAGGAGCGAAGAAAUCAGCAGCAAAAAUUAUUUGCAGACCCACGACUCUUAUGGGAUUAUGCGAACGGAUCGAAAGGACGAUCUCACGGUCCAUCGCGAAAUGGAUCACCCAAAAGGUCUUCCAGAUUGCGCCUUGA